AUGUUUGUUGCCUAUCUUCUUUAUAUGCAUGAUGAAUAUUAUGAUCAUAUUAUGCCAACAAUUGGUAUUCGAUUUAGAGACGAAAAUAAAUAUGAUCCGGAUAAUGUACUUAUCUAUUUCAAUCUCUAUCAUCAGAGACUAAUCGAACGAAAAAUGAAUGAAAAUGAUUUAGCAGUAACAAGAAAAACAUGUCGAAAAUAUUGUGGUGAAGGUGGAUGUAUACCAUUCGAUAUCGACUUUGGAAUUGCUGUAACAGGUAUUGUAGAUGAAGAUCAUGUAACAUUACCUGUACGUCUGUCUGUUUCGGCUUUGGAUGAGCCGAAUCUACAUCCUGCUUACAAUCAAAGUCCAACCGAGAUGAAUGGUAUCGUAACCGUACGUGAUCUAAUUAUUGGUAGAACCUAUGUUCUUCUCCGAUAUUCAUCUUAUGAAUAUGUGCCAACAAAAGGCACCAGCAAUGAUUUCUUAUUGUCGAAAUUCGAUGAGAAGCAUAUAUUUGUGGCAAACAAUACGAUCUACAUUUAUGAAGAUCCAAAGAAAAUUCCAUCAACAGGAUCAGUUUAUUAUCGAUGUGUAUCACAAUCUGAAGAAUAA